AGGAGGGUCGCAAAAUCUUUGGUUGAUUAGACAUUUUUUAUAUAUUUUUUAAUGUGUCACUUAUGGCAAUACACCAGUGUGUUAUGUUGGUAUGUCAUGUAUGUUUAUAUUUAUGGCAGUUGCAAGGCCGCCCCACUGUUUAACAUGUUUGAAAUAAGGAAAUGAUUUCAACCUGUGUAUUAUUUGAAAAUCUAUUUAAUCUCUACAUCAGUUUUGGGGUCCUUGACCUGAAAAGUGUUGUAGACCUCUGAGUUAAAGACAAAUGGCAGAUAGUUGUCCAGUUAUUGAUUUGUUCUGGUAUGAGAUCCUGUGAUAAUUAAACCCUUUGCAUGUGCAAAACUGCCAAAAACAAAAUGCAAAAAUCGUGUUUGAAAUGACUGGUUACACCUUAGAUAUCCCCUCUUUGGCCUCAUGACCGUAGAUAACACUCCUCGUCCUGAAUCCUCUGCUCCGUGAUUAAUAUCUGACACUAAUAUCCCACUUUGAUAUAUCGACAAGCUCCAGCAUUAGGAGGGAAAGCUUUGCAGAGCUCUUGGCCGCGGUCAGCAGGGAGACAUCAAUCAUCGCUGGUAUUUGGAUCGAACAGCAGCAGCAGCAGCAGCAGACCCAACAUGUUUUCCUGAGCCUCGCUGCGCUUCCACGUCACCCCGCUCUCUCUCUCUCUCUCUCUCUCUCUCUCUCUCUCUCUCUCUCUCUAUUUUUUUUUUCCUCACCCACGCCAUCCUUUAAAACGCAGCCAGUCCCCCCGGUGAUGAUGACUACUUGAGAGUCUGAGCACGCAUCUGGACCGUACAACAGCCCCGAGUAGCGCCGACGGACUGAAAACAUCCCACAAUGAGGCCGAGACUCGCAACUGCCGCGUGCUUCUUCACCCUCGUGUGGCUGUCGGAGUGCACGCCUCCGACCUGCUACUCCAGAGCGCUGGGCCUGAGCAAAGAAAUCAUGGCUCUGCUGGAUAAAAUACACACCUACCAUCUCACGAAACCGUGUGCUGCGAUUCUACCCACGAUAUUCCUCGACGUGCAUAACGACUGCGUCACCAGCAAGCUCCGCGACUUCCUUUACGUGCUGCUGAACCAUCCCAGCCAGGAGUGCAGAGAGCGACCCAGGAUGGUGCUGCUGAAACGCAAAGUCCAAAACCUGCACAAAAUCAUCACCAGAAUCUGUUAUCGGGACUUGGUGUUUUUCACAAAUGACUGCGAGGCUAUUGAUACCGGACACAGUCGCCCACACUACGCGGAGGACAGGCUUCAGCUGCUGCAGGAGGAAAGCUGAGCAAUACACAAAGCAGACAACGCACUAUCACAUUCAUAAAACUCCAAAGUAGCAGCAUGUAGAAUGGUAAAGUAUGCACAAUAAACAUCACAUAAGCAACGGAAAUGGCUCGAGCAGGACAUGCGGCGCCGUUUCGUGUCCUACCUAGUUGACUGUGGGUUAGCUGCACACUCAUGUUAGUGGACAUGUGUGGUCACAUUCCAGCAAAGAGCGCAGAACUUUCCACAGGAAAUUUGCUGAAUGCCAACCAUGCCAACGAAACCCCUGAAAUAAUAAACCAAUAAGAGAUGCUUGUGAGGCGGGUUUAACCGCUGGACUUACUUACCAGGGCUGAUCAAAGCUUCACAUGUCAUUAAGAGAAAUAUGUCGUGUUGUCAUAACCUUUGGUCCGACUAGCAAAAUCUUAAAGGAGCACUAUGCAGCGUUUUGUAAACAGCUGAGGAGUCGAACAUGGCGGUUUAAAAAGUUGUGUUACAUAUAGAUGCCCUAAGCUUUCUCGCAGCUGUUCGGUCUGUUCCUUCUGGAUGCCAUCGCGUUUUAAGUCGUGAAGCUGAACGAAAGGCUUCAUGGCCUCCUUAAUGAGUAUGAAAUAUUAGAGCCGUCACUGUCAAAUGUUUAGUAUGGACUUGAUCCUCUUUUAUAUGUACGACAUGUAAUAAACCUUAUCUUUAUAUAUAA